AUGACAAACCUGCAAGCGCUGAUCACUAACAUUGAGCAGUGCAGCAAGGCUGAUGGCUGCAGCACAGUCACAUUUCCGACCCUCAAGAAGCUUUCCGUCAACGGAGACAGCAGGGCACGAGGCACCCCUUCUUGCAAACUCUCACUCUGUUUUUCAACCUACAAAUGCUUGCUCUUCUUUUUCCAGCCUCAGGCUGUCAGCAUAACAGGAUUGGGGACAUUUCAUAUUCAAAAAUGGCUCUCCUUCGAAAAUAACGAGGUGCUCACGUUUCAGAGACCUCUGUUUUUGAUGUCCAAGACAAUUGCACAGAUCCGUGAGCUGCGAUGUUCUUCUGUACCUGUUCCUGGUGAGAUUAAGAAAGUGUCAGUGACCUCCAAGAAGAUCCACACGCAUGUCCCCUAUUCUGAGGAUGUUGUGCAGAACUGUAUGCAGGAAACCUUGAACUUUUUCUACUUCAUCCUAAAAAACCGAGAAGACACAGACUUCAUUUUAAAGGAUAUUGGCACUCUUGCUAUCCGGGGAACAGAAGUGACAAUGGCAUUUUGCGAAGACUUUUUACUGAGCCUCAACAAGUCUACGUAUGUGGUAGAGAAGUUGCUCAAUAAGAAAUGGGUCAUAUCAGACAAAGAAGUCCCUGACUAUCCGAGCUCUUUUGGCCGUGUCUACCAGUUUCCACAACUGUUGCCACAGUGUGCAGACACAGAAGGAAGGCAGCACAAAGAAACUCCUUUUGAGAGCCCUGAAUUGCCAUUGCCUACUGAAGAAUACAGGCAGAGAAGACAGGGAGAACAGUCUGUAUUUGGGCUGAACGGCAGAAAAAAACAGGAGGUACCCGUGGCCAAAAGGAAGGAGAAAGAAGAGAACAGAAAAGCAGAAAGGGUCAUCUUGACAGAACUGCCUCCACAGCAAACUGGGAGAGAAAGCGACAACAGCAAGCUGGGAGAGAGGGCCCAGCUGCCCCAGGAGAAAGACAGCCUCAGCUCCCAAGAGACCACCUCCAAUACAGAAGAGGGUCUACAAAUGGCAGAGGCUUGGAUUAAGGCGAGGAGGCAGUUUCGAACUGAGCUGGAAAGCUUAGGGAACAUUGAAAAAUGGCUGACUCAUAAACCUUCCCUCAGCAAUCAAGAAAAAAGAUGCCUGCAAAGAAUAAAGGCACAGAGAGCAGACAGCAGCGCUGCUGUCAAAUCAGCCGUGACCGACAGCCCAGACGUAAGUAUGGAAAGCAGCCAGCCCCCAAAGAAGCAUGGCAUCCCCCUUAUUCAGGCACCAUACCCCCAGGCACUUGUCACACUGCAAGACCUCCUGCACAAACAGAAGCUGAGGUUGGUGAACGUGUUCAAGAGGGCUGAUAUGGAUGGGAGGAAGAUCAAGAGAGAAGACUUCAUCAGAAUCAUCAAGAAGACCAAAGUUCCCGUCAGCAACAACGAUCUGGAGGACGUGGUCAUCUUCUUGACUUCCUCAAAACCGGGGAAUUUUAUAAGACUCGAAGAUCUGAUUGACUGUCAAAAUCAGUGGCUGAAAAUGAGGAAAGAACAAUCCCAAGGUGCCAAAACUGGUGUAGAAGCUCAGUUCCAGAAAGCCACCUGCAAAACUGCCCCUUGUCCACCUUCUGCUGGGGACACAGCCGAACAGAUGAAGCCUCAUGCUCCUACCAAGCCCAAACAAAAGUUAAUAUACUUGGAAGUUCCACCCAUCCAAACUGAGCCAGAACGACGACAUCUGAGCUGUGAUGAAACAGAAGAGAUUGGGAAACUCUUAAGAGAGAGGAGACGGUGGGAGAAGAACAAAGACAGCCCGAUAGAAUGGAAAGAAAAGUGCCGGAUGGUGAGAUCUGGGGAUGGCCCCAUUGACGAGCACUGCCUGCCAUCAACUGUAGAGGCUGACUUGGGAGAGCUGGUUGACCGGUAUCGCAGGAAUGCCGUCACGUGCUAUAUGAAGAGCUCCAAGCUGUGCAAAGAACGUGAUGUUCACAUCACUGAGCCAACGCUGCAAAAAGCCCUGCUGCAUCCAGGAGACAAGAUCAUCAAGGAGGGUGGAGACAUAAGGAAAAUCAGGCAGCCUGGAGGAUACUACAGCACAGGAUGUGCCGAUGUCGCACCACCUGGGAGCACCUCCAGAUCAGGAACUGCAUCUGGAAGCCAGGCCAAGGAGGCAGAGAAUAGCAUGCUAUUCUCUCUUAUAUAUUUCUUUUCUUCCCUUUCCCCGCCCUGCCUGUUUUUUCACAGGCAUCUUCAGAGGAAUAAGAUGCAGAAGUCAAGCGACAAUAACUUCUGGCCAGGUCAUCUCCUGGACAAGCUAUGCCUUUACUUUCCUGAAAAGCAGCAUGACAGAGCACAUGCCUUGUUCAGCUGUGUUCAUCCAACCAAGCCUGCCUACUCUGGCAUCUAAAGCCCUGGCUGCAGCUAGCUCCUCAGCAAGCCAGGACACUUGGCCUCCAGAGACACUGCCUUCAAGAAGACCCAUUCCACCUGAAGCUCUUCGCAAAGCAGCAGGAGAUGUGUGCACAGCUUUGUGGUCCCUCAAUCAGCUCAUGGGAUCUGAGCCCCACUUCUAGAUAAAAUAAAUAUAUUAAAUAAGGAGCAUAGCCUCAAGUUGAAGGUGU